GAAUGUUCCUUGAAUACCUACUUACUCACUCCGCGUCGGUCUCUCGGGCGGUUCGGUUGUUACCGCCGUCCUUUCGCGAGUGUUGUGCUUUUUAAGUGUUGUGUGCGCUCCGGUGAUACACCUCUCCUACCACACAGAUUCGGGCAGCGCCCGGCCGCACCGCGGCUACCCCAGUUUCGUUUUUGUUUCGUUACCGGCAUUUUCCUGAGUUGAAGUGAAGUGUUGUGAAGUGUAGAAGUGACGGUGCUAUGGCGUUGCCGAUGGCUCAUGUGGCCCUCACGGCGCUGAUACUUAUGGGAUCAGUGCUAGCCGAGGAUGAAACGAUAGGUCCGAUCUUUAUGAAAGAACCCCCGAACCGAGUGGACUUCAGCAAUACGACCGGCGCCGUAGUGGAGUGUGCGGCCCGUGGAUCCCCUACUCCUGACGUCAUCUGGGUCCGAUCUGAUGGUACCGCUGUGGGCGACGUGCCUGGCUUACGACAGGUCCUACCGAACGGCAACCUGGUGUUCCCGCCGUUCCGCGCCGAGGACUACCGUCAGGAAGUGCACGCGCAGGUCUACGCGUGCCUCGCGCGCAAUCCCGUUGGCUCUAUCCACUCCCGCGACGUCAACGUGCGAGCUGUGGUGAGCCAAGCUUACACGGUCAAUCUGAUGGAAGAGAGCGUGUUGCGCGGGAACGCAGUUAUCCUAAAAUGCCACAUUUCUACUUUCGUCACGGAAUACGUAAGCGUCUCUUCUUGGAUUAUAUCCGAAGGCGAAACUGACAAAUUGGAAAUUAACGCUGACGCUGAAGAAACCAACUUGGAGGGAAAAUACUUAGUACUGCCGUCUGGAGAGUUACAUAUUAGAGAUGUUGGACCCGAGGAUGGAUAUAAAUCAUACCAAUGCCGCACGAAGCACAGGCUUACGGGAGAAACUCGCCUUUCCGCUACUAAGGGACGUCUCGUCAUCACUGAACCUACCAAUAAGAUCGCCCCACGGAGUGAGAAAAGCCGCAAAUUCGAAGGUGGACAAAUAUUUUUAGUUUCUGAAACAGAGUCCGUCUAUCUCACCUGCGAAGUAUCCGGCUAUCCCGCCCCCAUAUUUAGAUGGUACAAGUUUAUUGACGGCACAACGAGGAAGCAGCCAGUUACGCUGAACGACCGAGUGAAACAAGUAUCUGGAACUCUUAUUAUCAAGGAAGCUAAAGUUGAGGAUUCUGGAAAGUACCUGUGCGUGGUCAACAACUCUGUUGGUGGCGAAUCAGUGGAAACGGUCCUAACAGUAACCGCCCCUCUCAAGACGACUGUGGAACCAGCUACGCAAACUGUCGAUUUCGGCAGACCCGCGGUAUUUACCUGCAAAUAUGAAGGCAACCCCGUCAAGACGAUCACCUGGCUUAAGGACGGCAAGGAUAUGAAGCACCACGACCCUCUGCUCAGGAUCGAAUCAGUGAAGAAGGAAGACAAGGGAAUGUACCAGUGCUUCAUCAGGAACGACCAGGAAAGUGCAGGAGCUAGCGCCGAACUUAAACUUGGGGGACGAUUCGAACCACCCCAAAUCCGCAAGAACUUCCAAGAGCAGACUCUCCGCUCCGGCCCAUCUCUACGUCUCCAAUGCGUUGCUUCCGGCAACCCUACUCCUGACAUCGCCUGGCUUUUGGAUGGAGAGAAAUUAUCCAGUGGAGAACGCCUGCAGAUCGGACAGUUCGUUACUGCGGACGGCAACGUUGAGUCGCAUCUGAACAUCUCUUCUGUACACACUAAUGACGGAGGAUUGUAUUCCUGCAUCGCUUCGAGCAAGGUGGGCAGCGCGUCGCACUCGGCCCGCGUGAACGUGUACGGCCUGCCCUACGUGCGGCCCAUGAAGAAACGCCCCGUCGUGGCCGGCGACACGCUCGUCGCGCACUGCCCCGUCGCCGGAUACCCCAUCGACUCUAUUGUGUGGGAGCGAGACGGACGCGUCCUUCCAAUCAACCGCAAACAGAAAGUAUUCCCCAACGGUACCCUGGUGAUCGAGAACGUGGAACGCAACAGUGACCAGGCCACCUACACGUGCGUCGCUAAGAAUAGCCAAGGCUACAGCGCCAGGGGAUCGCUCGAGCUGCAAGUCAUGGUUCCACCAUUGAUAGUGCCGUUCAGUUUCGGUGAGGUGCCCAUCAACCCAGGUGACGCGGUGCUCGUACAUUGCCUGGCUUCCAAAGGAGACCUGCCUCUAGAAAUCUCGUGGACGUUUAGCAGUGAAACUAUAGAAUCUAGUCUGCACCGAGACAUCACGACGACGCAGCUCAGUCCGCGCGUGUCCGUGCUAACCAUAACGUCAGUGAGCGCGAACCACCAGGGCAACUACACGUGCAUCGUACAGAACGCUGCCGGCCGAGCCGAGCACGUGGCGACACUCGUCGUAAAUGUGCCCCCGCGCUGGAUACUUGAGCCCACCGACAAGGCUUUUGCCCAGGGCUCGGACGCUAAGGUCGAAUGCAAAGCCGAUGGCUUCCCCAAGCCCCAGGUCACAUGGAAGAGGGCUGAAGGGGAUACGCCUGGCGAUUACAAAGACCUUAAGCCAAAUAACCCAAAUGUGAAAGUAGAGGAUGGAGCUCUUUCGAUUGCCAAUAUUCAGAAAACGAAUGAGGGUUAUUAUUUAUGCGAGGCUGUCAAUGGAAUCGGCUCAGGAUUAUCGGCUGUCAUUCUGAUCAGUGUACAAGCUCCCCCUCAGUUCGAAAUCAAAAUGAGGAACCAAACUGCCCGCAGAAGCGAGCCCGCUGUAUUGCAGUGCCAAGCCAAGGGAGAAAAGCCCAUCGGAAUUAUCUGGAACAUGAAUAACAAACGCCUGGAACCGAAAUCGGACCCCCGCUACACCAUCCGCGAAGAGAUCCUGCCCGGAGGAGUGGUUUCUGACCUGAGCAUUAGGAGGACCGAACGAUCUGACAGCGCGCUUUUCACUUGCGUGGCCACUAAUGCCUUUGGCUCUGACGAUACCAGUAUCAACAUGAUUAUCCAAGAGGUACCCGAAGCACCGUACGGCCUGAAAGUGUUGGACAAAUCCGGUCGCACCGUGCAGCUUUCCUGGGCGGCCCCUUACGAUGGCAACUCGCCUAUCAAGAAGUUCCUCAUUGAAUACAAGCGCGCCAAGGGAAGCUGGGAUAAGGACAUUGACAGGGUACUAGUCCCCGGCGACUCUACCGAAGCCGGCGUGUUCAGCCUCCGCCCCGCCACCGCCUAUCACAUCCGAAUCGUCGCUGAGAACGAGCUCGGCACCUCCGAACCCUCGGAAACCGUGACCAUUAUCACUGCUGAAGAGGCGCCCACUGGCCCACCGCAAGACGUGAAGGUUGACGCUCAUGACAAGCACACCCUGCGAGUCACCUGGAAGCCUCCCCCAUCACAGGACUGGAACGGUGAACUGCAGGGAUACUACGUUGGCUACAAACUGGCAUCAAGCAACAAGUCAUUCGUUUUCGAAACUGUCGACAUUUCUAAAGAAUCUGGCAAGGAGCACCACCUCGAUAUCAUGAAUCUGAAAACAUUCCACCAAUACGCCGUAGUAGUUCAGGCAUUCAACAAGAUGGGUUCCGGUCCCGUGUCACAGGAAGUCCGCGCGUACACCGCUGAAGGCGCGCCCUCAGCCCCGCCACAAGACGUUCUCUGCACCACUCUGACUGCGCAAACCAUCCGGGUCUCCUGGGUCUCUCCUCCUCUUGCGGCUGCCAACGGACUGAUUAAGGCUUACAAGGUCGUGUAUGGACCCAGCGACACGUGGUACGAUGAGAAGACAAAGGAUACAAAGAUCACGGCAAGCAGCGAGACUAUCCUCCACGGACUAAAGAAGUUCACGAACUACUCAAUGGAAGUGCUGGCGACGACCAACGGAGGCGAUGGCGUCCGAUCUGCACCCAUUCACUGCCAGACUGAACAAGACGUGCCCGAGGCCCCUCGUGCGGUGAAGGCGCUAGUGAUGGGCCCAGACUCGAUCCUGGUGUCGUGGCGGGCGCCCGCGCAGCCUAACGGAGUCGUCACGCACUACAACGUUUACACGCAAGCGCAGAACGCCGAGCCGCAUCCUAACAAGGUACCUGCAUCGCAGACCAGCUACUCAGCGACUGAUUUAAAGGCCGGCCGCUACGACUUCUGGGUGACCGCAUCCACCAUCAUCGGAGAGGGACAGCCUUCAGGAACCGCCUCCUGUAGCCCUAGCGACAAAGUGCCCGCUAAGAUCGCCUCUUUCGACGAAUCCUUCACCGCCACAUACAAGGAAGAUGUGAAGCUGCCGUGUCUCGCUGUUGGUGUUCCGCCUCCCAAUAUUAUCUGGAAGAUUAAGGGCCAGCCGCUGGAAGCCUCCGAACGCGUCCGUCAACUACCCGAAGGAUCUCUGCAAAUUGCCGGAGUGGCCCGCGAAGAUGCAGGAGAGUAUUCGUGCCACGUCGACAACCAGUUUGGAACUGACACCGUCACACACACACUCUCUGUUCUCGCGCCACCCUUCCCUCCGCAACUGAGCAUCGCCUCCUCCUCCGUGUCAUCGCUCACGCUCCGACUGAAGCCCUCCGAGAAUGCUGACCAGUCCCCAUCCGCCGGCUACACCAUCCACUACAAACAAGAGUUCGGAGAUUGGGAAACUGUACAGAUACCAAGCAACACUGACACCUAUACCUUGGAAAACCUGUUCUGCGGCUCUAGAUACCAACUCUACGUCACGGCUUACAAUGGCAUCGGCACGGGCGAGGCGUCGGACGUGGUGAUCGCGCGCACGCGCGGCUCCAAGCCGCCCGUGCCGCGCGCCGCCGACUUCAUCGAGGUGGGCUCCUCCAGCGUCACGCUGCAUCUCAAGCAGUGGCUGGACGGCGGCUGCCCGAUGAGCCACUUCGUCGUUGAGAACAAGAAGAAGGGAGCUGCUGAAUGGAAUCAGAUCUCGAACGCUGUGAAACCUGGCGGAAACUUCGUCGUGCUUGAUCUGGAGCCGGCGACCUGGUACGUGCUGCGCAUCACGGCGCACAACAACGCCGGCUUCAACGUCGCCGAGUACGAGUUCGCCACGCUCACCAUGACUGGCGGUACCGUCGCGCCUUUACCAGGCAAUGCUGGUGAUGGAAAGGAGCUGCCGCCUUGGAUCAAAGCGUGGCUGGAGCCCGAGGUUUUAGUGCCGAUUCUGGCGACUAUAGUGGUGUUCAUAGUGGGCGUGGUGGUGAUUUGCCUGACGCUCGCCAGGAGGAACACGCCGCACCGCCUGCGAGGUCAGAAGGACGUGUACGACUACGACGCCGUGUACAACGCAUCCCAAGCGGCCAUGGGCGGCGGCGGCGGCACGCUGGACAAGCGCGGCGGGCUCCGCGACGAGCUCGGCUACAUCGCGCCGCCCAACCGCAAGCUGCCGCCCGUGCCCGGCUCCAACUACAACACCUGCGACCGCGUCAAGCGCCAGGCUGUCAUCAUGAACGCGCACUCGACGUGGGACCCUCGCCGGCACCACUACGAGCGCGUGCGCCGCGCGCACCAGCGCCGCGGCUCCGGCGACACCAUCUCCACAGGCAUGGAGGACGAGAUCUGCCCGUACGCCACGUUCCACCUGCUGGGCUUCCGCGAGGAGAUGGACCCGAGCAAGGCGCUGGCGUUCCCCCACGCGCACGCGCACGCGCACGCCGGCACGCUCGCGCACCCGCACCCGCACCACCCCGCGCACUCCCGCGCUGGCAGCCAGAGCAUGCCUCGCGCCAACAGCCGCUACGCCCGCAAGAACUCCCAGGGAGGACAGAGCGCCAUCUACUCCACCGCCCCCGAAUACGACGACCCGGCCACCUGCGCUGAAGAGGACCAAUACCGCGCCCGCUACUCCCGGCCGAUGUACGCGUGUGGCCCCGAGUACGACGAGCCGGCGUGCUGCCAGCCCGAGGACGAGCAGUACACCGGCGCCUACGGCACGCCCUACUCCGACCACUACGGCUCCCGGCCCAGCAUCGGCACCCGCAAGUGCGGCGGCUCGCCCGAGCCCCCGCCGCCGCCGCCGCGCAACGCCGCCGCCGACAACAACUGCUCCUCCUCCUUCAACGAGAGCAAGGACUCCAACGAGAUCUCCGAGGCCGAGUGCGACCAGCCCCGCAACUAUCCCGUGAGGGCCCACACUGCCAAGGACGGCAUGCACACCGAGGAAAUGAGGAAACUCAUUGACAGACCAGAAGCAACCACCCCAGUCCCCCAGCAAGCAGGCCACGGGCGGGGACUCACAGCCUACGAUACUGUGGCAGUGUAACCUGUAGGGCGCCUCCGACCCGGCGACCGCGCCACGCUCCGCCACCCGCGCUCCAACUUCGCCGUCUCGCUGAACUAACACUUUACGUUCCACUUUUUAAUUGUUCAUUCGUUUUCAGUUUUACGCACUCGGAA